GUUCAAUAAAAAAUGAAAUAGAUUUGAUCUCGAAUAAUAAUGCUCGUCUAUAUAAAGACCUGAGUCUAAUGCAAUUACCAUAAUAAACCAUCUUUGUUUUUAUAAGAAAGAAAGAAGGUAAGAAACAAAAAAAAUGGCUCAAUGUCAAAAGGUGGCUCAAUGUCCAAAGGUGGCUCAAUGUCCGAAGGUGGCUAAAUGUCAAAAGACCAAAAAGAUAGAGGGGCAAGUUGAGCUCCAGUGUUGCGCUAACAAGCUCUUUGGAAUGUUGAUGGCGAAAGAACCCAACUUUCACCACUUCUCCAACAAGGUUUGCAAUAUUCAGAUCCACCAAGAUAAUUGCAUCACUGUUGGUAGUUCAAGGAGAUGGGAUUGCAUCAUCGAUGGAAAGUCACAAUUCCUAAUCGAGAGAAUUGAGGCAAUUGAUGAGAAGAACAAGAAAAUACGUCGCAAAGUGAUUGAAGGAGAGAUAAUGAAGCAUUACAAGAGUCUGGAAAACAAAAUAGAGGUAAUUCAAAAGAGGAAUGGAACUUGCAAGGUUGUAUACAGUCUUGAAUAUGAGAAGAUGAAUGAAUGUGCACCUGAACCUCACAACCUGCUUCACUUUGCACUUCAUCUCUUCAAGGAAGUUGCGUGUCGCCUCUCAAACUAAUUAAUACUUAAGUUAAUCACUCUACUUAACUCUAAUACUAAUUAAGUUAAAUUAUAUGAUUGAUAUAGUUAAUUAUGUAUAUGUAUGCGAUGUACGUUCCUCGGUCUUAUAGGAUCAUUGGCGUAUGUUAUGGUCGGCCUAGUGUGCACUAUGUAUCACUUAAAAUGUACUACUUUUAUCUGGAUUUAGUUGUCGCAUAAUUUGUUCACUACUUAUGUGGCUGUUAAUUACUACUUAUGGAUAAUGGUGGUAUGUAUUAUGUAGGGGUCUAAUUAAGCUUUGUAAAACCCCAGAUAAAUAAAUGGCUGCUUUUUAUACUA